GUAACAAUAGUCAUAUGUGAUGCAUAACACAAACUUUUUCUUCGGAGCUCAAAGUUAACUAGAUAAAUAUUAUCUCUUCCACGGUCAUUUUUUACAACACAUCCAUUAAAGGUUGGUCAAAACACACACUCGUGAAUACUCGUGAUCAUCAUCAUCGUUUUCAGAGUUGCUUAAAUAUCCAUUCAUUUGACAUAAGUGGAUUUAUAAUCGUUUUCACUCUACGACUGUCCAUAGUUAGCCAGCAAGACUGUGAAUUUGCCCUUCACAAUCGGUUUCUGAUUGUAUUGAGUCCUCCUAGAAUUUAUUAUUUAGGAAAAUUUUGAAAUUUCCGACAAUGGUUUGUUCUUCGUGCACAGCGGUUUGGUUAGGAGCGCUAGCAGUUGCGGUUUACUUCAUUUAUAAAUUCAUCCAGGGUCGGCUCGCACAAAAUAAAUUGGAUCGAUGGAACAACACACCAAAAGAUUUAGUUAUUCUGCAUGGAUUUGAAGCAGCAAAAACAAUGCCAAAUGCAUCUCCAUUUGUUUUAAAAGUUCAAACAUAUCUUCGCAUGGCAAACAUUCCACACAAGAUGGACUACGCCGAUGCAAUGGGGCCUAAAGGGAAGGCCCCCUGGAUAUCAAUCAAUUCGCAACACAUUGCAGAUUCUGAACUGAUAAUCGAUUUCUUACGAAAGAAAUUUGAGAAAAAUCUUAAUGGAAAAUACACAGAGAAGGAAAUUGCUAUCGCAUCCACGGUUAAUGUCAUGCUAAACGAACACUUCCUUUGGGGAGUCGCAUUGGAACGAUGGGUUUAUGGUCCUUCCAGUCGACUCGCCAAAGUUUUCGACAUUCCAUUUCCAAUCCGAGUCAUGAUCGGACGCACGGUGAACAAGAGGGCAAAGGGACAAGGAAUGGGUCUUCACACGGAAUCCGAAGCCGUCCACUUGGCAUCAAAGGAUUUACGAUACGUCUCCACCAUUCUGGGAAGUAACAAAUUUAUUUGUGGUGACGAACCUUGCGAGUUGGAUGCUGGAAUUUUCUCACAACUUGCCAUGGCUUUGUGGGGCGUGCCAGACUCUCCUUAUGAGAAACUGAUGAAUGGGGAACUGAAAAAUUUGAAGGAAUAUUGUCUCCGAAUGAAGGAACGCUACUGGUCAGACUGGGAUCAGAUUUUGGCCAAAAAAUAAAAUAAUUCAGAUUUUUAAUUGCAAUGUUUGAAGAUUUAAGACAAGUAUGAGCUAAAAAAUGAUUGACAUUUAGAAUAUAGAUGGAAAAUAAAUAACAACUAAAUUUCCUGUCAAUGUUAA